AGCAAGAAGGAUGCCAAGUUUGUAACUCAUUCAUCUUGGGUACUAUACAUAUUUGAAUGCACGCAGAGAGGAGUUUACAACAUCGACACAUUAACCAACCACGAUGACAAUGACACUCGUAGACGUCAUCUUUGCAGCGUGGAUGGUGUGUGUGGCGAGUGGAGAUCACUGGAGCAAGUGGUCAACGUGGAGCGCGUGCUCGCGCACGUGCGAUGGAGGCGCCACCUACCAGAUGAGAAAGUGCAUGAGGAGUUAUCGGUCUAUCCAAUAUGAUUGUACUGGGAAAAGCAUCAGAUACGCCACCUGUAACAACGAACCGUGUGCACCAGGCUCGCUUGACUUUCGAGAACAACAGUGCGCGGCUUACAACGACGAGAGUUACGGUGGCAAGUUCUACCGAUGGCACCCUUAUACAGACCGGAAAAACCCAUGCGCCCUCUACUGUGUAGCAUCAGGGCCGAGAACUCUCGCCCUACUUGCACCCAAAGUUUUAGACGGAACGAGAUGCAGAGACAAAGCGCUGGACAUGUGCAUCAAUGGCACGUGCAUGUCAGUUGGAUGCGACCACAGACUUGGUUCGAACCAGCGUUUUGACUUGUGCGGCGUGUGCGGCGGCGGUAAUGCGUGUCUGAACGCUAAGGGGAUGUUCCACUGGGUGGAGGCGGGUCUCUCUCAUUGCUCCGCCUCCUGUGGUGUAGGUAUCGUGAGCUCUGUGUUCAAGUGCCGAGAUCGAAACACGCACAAGAACGUCAAGGAUUUCAAGUGCCAACACAGAAGCAAGCCGUCUGGAAGGAUGAAGAAAUGUUUUACCAGAAAAUGCCCCCCAUCAUGGAAGAUUCCCCCCUGGAGCACGUGCAGUCACACGUGCGGGGGAGGGUUCGAGUUCCGCGAUGUCCGGUGCAUGGACAGGAUGACCAGUGGGCAGCUGGAGCGCGUGGAGGACCGCUUCUGUGCUGGAUCGAAGCCGUCUACGUCCAAGCCUUGCAAUACCUUCAUCUGCCCCAAGUGGUAUGCGGGUGAGUGGUCUCCGUGCAGUGUGACGUGUGGGUGGGGCUACCAGUACAGGGAGGUGGUCUGUCGUCAUGAGGGGGACACCUUCUGUAACCAUACCAACAGACCACUCACAAGGAAGAACUGCACUACCAACUUCCCAUGCUUCGAUUCAAGUGAUCGUCACUAUGUCGCAGAGCACGAUGAAAACGGCGGGGUACAGGAGUCGUCGCUGGGGGAGCUCAGACAGGCGAAGACCAAGGAUCGGAACCCGGAUGCAGAGUUCAUGGUCAUACACGAGGAUGAGGUGAAGGACCAUGAUAUGAGCUCACCAAGGUUCGUGGUGUCGAGCUGGGGACCGUGCAGCAGCACCUGUGGCCCCGGGACAAGGAGGAGGUACGUGCGGUGCCAAGUCUACCUGGUCUACCUCCAGGACAUCACAGACCUGGCAGACAGCGAAUGUGAAGAUCCCAAGCCGCCAGCCGAGGAGCCAUGUAUGUUGGAGCCAUGCUAUGACAACUAUGAACUGAGAGCAGUCGGGUUGACGACGUGUAGCAGGAGCUGUCUAGGAGGUACCCAGGAGACAAUGCUCCAGUGUAUCCACAAGGGGAACGGCAGUAUUGUAGGCCAGGAGUACUGCGAGAGAGCUGCCCAAGUCCCCAUCACACGGAGAGUGUGUAAUGAUGUGCCGUGCCCUCAAAGGUGGCGCAUCGGGGACUUCAGCAUGUGUUCCAGCACGUGCGGGGGUGGGAUCAUGAACAGGAGUGUCGCGUGUAUCCAGGUGGUCGCCCUGGGGCCGGAGAAGGUGCUCCGCCUCCCUGAUGUCAUGUGUCAGCAGCCUGUCCCAGACAGAGAGCGGGGGUGUAACACGCAGGACUGUCCGGCAGACUGGGUCGUGGGAGACUGGGAGAGGUGUUCAGUGACGUGUGGCGCUGGCGUCAUCAGCCGGAAGGUCACGUGUCAGCGGAAGUCGGCCGAGGACAGAAGCACGCUGGUCAACUACAUGGAAUGUCGACCCAGUGACCGGCCUCAUUCGGAGAAACCCUGCAAUCUAACAGUCUGUCCAGAAAUUAGAAUCAAAGAGCAACAACUGAGAUUCUUUCAGCUUAAUAAAAUGAAAAAGGUGCGUCUUCUCAUCGGUUCAAAUGCCGCCAUCUUGCCUGGAACGUCUGUGAUAGCCAAAUGCCCGGUUAAAGGCUUCAACAAGCGGAAGCUGGAGUGGUACAGAAAUGGACGUCGCAUUCGAAAUGGCCGACGGGUAAAUGUUUCCAAAAAGGGAAAUCUUAGAAUUCGUAAAGGUCGUCCAGACAGGGAUGCCGGUGUGUACUCCUGCAAAGCAAACCAUGCCGUCUCCAACUUGACAAUAGUGUUUAGCAGCGUCCUUGACCUUUUAAGACAGACGGUAGUGAGGGAGAAGUAUCUUCUUGGAUACCUCUCAGACGGCUCUCAGACCGUGAAUUCAGCAUUAUAUAAAGACCCUUUUGAUAGGAAGCAGAAGGCCUUGCAGAUCGUCGUGAGCGAGUGGACGCCGUGUUCGGUCAGAUGCAAUGGCGGCAUUAGAGAACGUAACGUCAGCUGUGAGAUCAUCACCAACGACUACUUCGAGGAGUUCCCCCUGAAGGUGUGCAGGGGAGCCAACCUACACGUGCCCCUGGGAAAGGAGAAGUGCAAUGUUGAUCCCUGCGUCACAUGGAAGUCGGGCAACUGGUCAGACUGUGGCAUAGACAGCUGUGUACGUGAGAGUUACGCCAUUCACCGGAGGCGGGUGAAGUGCGUCCGCCUGGACAACAGUUCGGAGGUGGAAGAGAGGCUCUGUAACGUCACCCUGAAACCCCUGUCCCUCAGCGAGUGCCCUAACAUACACUGCAAGCCCAUGUGGAACGUCUCCGAGUGGUCACACUGCCUGGCUGAGUGUGACGAGACAGGCUUCCAGAGUCGCAGUCUGACGUGUAUCUGGGACUUCACGGGCAGACCAGCAGGACGGAGCUGUCAGCGACUCAAGCGGCCCAUAGUCACACAGACAUGUAAUGCUAGAGCCUGUUCCGAUAGUUGCCAUGACGAGUCUGACUACUGCAGUAUCGUAAAGCUGAUGAGGUUAUGUCGCUUUAUAAACUUUAGACAGAAGUGUUGCGCCAGCUGCAAGGAGGAGAUGACAUCAUGACAGAACGGAAGUGGUAGACGAGGGACCACGUGACCUAAGAUGGUGUAAUCUCGCGAUAUUCGACGAAGGGCGAGGUUACUAACAAAGAGAACAACGUGUGAGUUCAACAGGAAAUGAAGCCUUCUGGGAAUUAAAGUAACAGAAUACCAUUGUCGCCAAAGAUGUGUGUUUCCAUGCAACAACACGAUGACAGAAUCAUUAUUACCUUGUACAACGUUGAUGUUCCAAACAUGGAACCAGCACGAGAAGAGACCUUGGUGAACUCUAGCACAACAGGGCAGUCCAUAUCUUCCCUCCGGCAGAACUGCAAAGGACACCUGGUGUUGCAGUUUGAGGUGUUUAGUGAUUCCCAUGUCAAAUGAUUAUACCUUUUUCCAUAUAUUACCUCAUUUCACAUUUCAUUGGGGUUUUGUGCACACAUGUGUUCAGUGUCCUUGUUUUGGGUCUUGUUCCUAAAGAUCUUUGCAGACAGAGACCAAACUUCUGGUUUCUAUAAUACGUCACAAAAAGUACUAUCUGUUUGUAGAGUCAGUGUAUAGCCUGGCAACUGUUAGUGAAGAUUGUUGCACAACAUGUGUAGCAUCGACUGUACAAAUAUCAGUUGGUAUGAUUAGUUGAAGCCCAGAUCACUACCCUGAGAACAUACGCCAAUACCAAAUGACGUUGUGACGUCAUUGACGCCACUGUGACGUUAAACUCCGUAUAUUGUAAGUUAUUCAAUAUGAUGUAUAUUGUUUAUGUGUUUAGUUAGGGCGAAUGUUUUUACGGUCACUGGUGGUGAUAAUGAUAUUCUGAUGUAUUAUUGGUUGUUUCAUGUAGUUCAAACCGUUUACACGUGUCGUUAUGUAGUUUAUCCACAUAGAUAUUAUUGAGUACGUAUUGCUCACAUCAACGAAUCAGCAGGCCACAUGACUCCCCGGAUUCUCCUGCACUAGACUGCCUUGGGUGUGACAGGAAGAAAAGCAUGAUCUACCUGGUCGCAUUCAUUAUGGACGAGAAUACAGGGUGGUGGGAAGACAGAUGAAUCACUUCGUGUUACAUCCAAAUUACCUGAUCACAUUUGAUCCCAUGCUCUGUGGGCUCUGGUAGCCUCAUGAUGCUCAUUUCCGAGAUGCCAUGGAACUUAUACCGUUACAGCUGAUGACCAGGUAACAUGACACGGUAAUACAAGCAGGUAAUCGAACGUGUUUCCCAUGGUGUGAUAUCAGAACGGCCUGGUCAGCUUGAAUCAACGUAGAUAUUCGUGUUUCAAUGAUCGUGUAAUGUUGACAAUGGAGUUGCCAAAUCUUCCAUGACUGUGACAUCACGAUGGACAGUCACUUGUCUGACAUGUAGCUCACCUGGCCAGCGUUCACCGAGAUAUUCAAAUAGUCAGUUAAGCUAUGAUGCGGUCGCUGGUUGAUCACCUGGACAGCGCUGACCGCCACACCAUGACCCCUAGCUGUGUGUCCUCAGAAUGGCCUGGGCCUUGUCAGCUGUGGCUUCAGUUUGGCGAACGUUUCUCUCGAACAUAGACACAGUGCUUACAUUUGUAUACACGUUCAGUUGCUCUCACGCCCUGGUGGAUUAAAACACUAGACAUAGCAAAAGUUCUGGCUUACAGUAAUGAAACAUUGAAGAAAUCAAACACGUUAUGCCAUAUGUGUUUUUCUCACUUUUCCAAAGAUUUUUGAGCAUAAUCGUAAUUGAUUGGGUACGUUACUCGAUACUAGUCAUGCUUCUACACAUAUCGAUUGGAAUAUCGAUGUGGAAAUCAGACGUAAGCAUCUUUAUGUUAAUGUGGCAACUUGUAAAGUGUACUUUCAUUCAUGUGUGUACUGAGGUGGCGUAAAACUAUCCAUAUGUUUCUUGUCAAAUAUUUGGAUUCCAGCUUUGUGUUUAGCCCUGUGGGCCGUUCAGGCUGACAGUGUAUGGGUGGAAUCUAUAAUGCUUAUUAUAGCUAUGUUGAGAGUGUUUAUAGUAUUGACAGAUUUCGCGACUGAAAUAGACGUGUGCUGGUAACCAUAUAUUGAGCACCAGGUGGUGUGAUGCAUGGUGUAACGUCAAAGUAUAUUGAGCACCAGGUGGUGUGGUGAAUAGUGUAACGUCAAGGUAUAUGAGCACCAGGUGUGGUGCUGGAUAGUAUAACGUCAGGGUAUAUUGAGUACCAGCUGUUGUGCCGGAUGGGGUAACGUCAAUGAAUAUUGAGCACCAGGUGGUGUGCUGGAUAGUGUAACGUCAAGGUUUACAGAGCACCAGGUGUUGUGUUAGAUAGUGUAACGUCAAGGUGUAUUGAGCACCAGGUGGUGUGCUGAAUAGUGUAACGUCAAGGUAUACAGAGCACCAGGUGCUGUGCAGGAUAGUGUAACGUCAAGGUAUACAGAGCACCAGGUGCUGUGCAGGAUAGUGUAACGUCAAGGUAUACAGAGCACCAGGUGCUGUGCAGGAUAGUGUAACGUCAAGGCAGGAGCACCAGGUGCUGUGCAGGAUAGUGUAACGUCAAGGUAUAAGGAGCACCAGGUGCUGUGCAGGAUAGUGUAACGUCAAGGUAUACAGAGCACCAGGUGCUGUGCCAGAUAGUGUAACGUCAAGGUAUACUGAGCACCAGGUGGUGUGCUGAAUAGUGUAACCUGCAGGAUAGUGUAACGUCAAGGUAUACUGAGCACCAGGUGGUGUGCUGAAUAGUGUAUGCUGAGCACCAGGUGCUGUGCAGGACAGAGUAACGUCAAGGUAUGCUGAGCGCCAUGUGGUAGUAUACUUCAAGGUACUAUACUAGAAUUUGACAUAAUUCAACCAGAGUUUUUUAAGUUAUUUUCUCACCUUUGAUAUUAUAAUAAACCAACCCACUACCUCUUGUGUAUUAGUAUUAUGUGUAAUUAGUUUAAACACACGAUACAACACCAACAUUUUACUGAACCAGCGUCAAGUACGGUCAAAAGUUUCUUUUCAGGAAUUUGUUUUAACAAUGAUGUUCACGUUGUUUAAGUGUUUUUGGCCCAUGUUUUAUUUAUUUCAAACACAGCCAGACUUGAAUCAUAGAUAUUACUGUAUGUUCUCAUGCUGUACUAAUGUGUAAGUGUUCGUGUACGGGAGUAUUAUAUCUUAUCAUGUCGUGUAAUUUAUCCUUCAUAUUCCCUUUAACAAGCUCUAUAUUCAACUGUUGUAAUCUGCGUUCUGUCAAAGUGGUUCAUUCAGGUUCCAGUCUCCCCGUCAUAAAUAGAGAGCAGACACCUCCUUUAAUGACACUUCUAAUGAUCAAUAACGACAGACAAUUCUUAUGUUGUCAUAAUGUUACUGUCAUGUCAGUUUAUGCAUAUAUUGCUAAUUAUUUUCCUCGGUACUUUUGCAUUUUAUCAUUUAAUGUUUUCAGAGAUAAAUCAAUUUUUUAUAUUUCUUUGUUUUAGAACUUAUUUUAGACUCGUUAUUUAAGCUUGGUUUGUACCCCCCUUGAACCGCCCGUUUAUAUGUAUUUAUUAAUAUGCUGCAACACCUGACGAAAUAAAGUAUAUGGACGGAUCUUUCUGUUUAUUACAGUUUAUCCGUUGAACUUCGUUGGUUUGCCAUUUUACAAUACUGUGUCCGACUCUAUGUUGUACGUGCACAGAGAGUGUUCAGUAGACGUAGACGAGCAGAAUGCAUCUAGUGUACAGUAGACGUAGACGAGCAGAAUGUCUAGUGUACAGUAGACAGGUUGUAUGUGUGGUACUUGUAACAAUUUGUUUUGAGAGACUGAACAAUUAGAAUUUGAGAAACCAAAUUAUAAAAAGGCACAGCUUUUAAUUUAUGUCAACAAUAUUCCGCUGGAAUAAAUAUUAAUUUCAUUUAA